CCGAGUCCUUUGAGUGGUUGAUAGCGGAGAUAGCCAUGGCCAGCGAGUUUGAGAGCCAGAUCUCCAGCGAUAGCCAGUUGAGUGGUGUCCACAGUUUCCACCCCCGCAUCGCCCAAGUUCGACCUUGUUGCAACUUCGAGAAAUUCGACGCAAAGGGCUGUGUGCCUUUGUACAGGUGCUUGAGGAUCUCUUGUGCGAGUGUCAUCAUGGUGCUGACUAGCUUGGGAGCCUUCCUCCUGCUGGGCACGUGCCAGUUGGAUCGUGAUGUGGGAAGUUUUGACUGUGAAAUUGGUGCAGCCACAAGACACCUAGACAUGAGUUUUGGGGGACUCAUGGUGUCCAUCACUCUAGCUGGCUGUGGAGCCAUGUGGCUUUGGUGCCAUGCAGCAACACCUCACCUCAUUCAAGCUUCACGUGUUCUUAUCCUCAACUGGAUCGAGGGAUUGGUCUCCCUGAGUGCGAUCCUUGCCGCGCGGACCUACUAUGACGAUUGGAUCCAGUAUACAGUACCUAAUCGACUUAAAGGAAAUUGGCUCAGCAUACUGGUGAUGAUCAGAGCCUUCCUACUGGUGUGUGAACUGGUGAGCCUGCAGGUGUUGAUCCAGAACCGCCUCCAAAGCAUUUGGCCUGCGCUUCAGCGACCUCGACACGGAGUAUGGCUAAGACGCCUGCUUUGGCCAGAGCUCGCUUUGCUCAUACUGUCUCCGAUUCUCAUUGUGCUAACUUACCUGGACACCUCACUUCAACUUCAAGCCUCAGCGUUUCUAUUGUUUCUAUUCCAACUUCCGAUGAUGGCAAUCCUGAUAGCAAUGCCCAGCUGCUUUGUCGUAUGGGUGUUUUUAGUCUUCGUGGCUUUGUGCCAUGUGUUUUCCAUCUUCCGAGCAACAUUGAAGAUGGUGCAAGAUGCUUCCCCAGAGUCGUCAAAGAUUCUGCAACGAAGCCGCAGAGCAGCUUCGCUCCAGGGUUUUGGCCUUGUGAUCAGCUUGGCCACCACCUGCUUCUGUACAGGUGUUGCAGUUCUUUUCGUGGCAGGCCCGCCAAACCUCGCCCCACUCCUCAGUACUCAGAUCAUACAGUGCGUGAAACUCGUGGUCAGCACAGUGGGUGUCAUUGCCUUCUCUGGAGCCUACCGGCUCUGGAGCCUGCGUGCUUCUUCCGCAGAAAACUUCGCGAAAACCAGCGGCUUCACCAAGUGUUGCGCUUGGCCUACUAGGCCAGACCGGCGACUUGUACGGAACCUCGGCGGAGGCAGCGAAUGGGAGGCGAAGGUCCGGGAGUUGGCCGGGCGAGGAAUCUCCUUGCGGGAACUGCUGCGUUUCUACCGGAGAUUGGGAAGUGAGAUCAUGUUGUCCUACCAGUCAGAUGUGCACACGACCAAUGAUGUGGUAAGACUGGCGAUCACCCCACUGACUGCAGCAUCGUGCAGCUCCUAUGCUGAGUUGGUGAAUGGGAAUGAGAGUUUGAUGCCCAAGAAGAUGGUGACUCACAAUUGGUCCAACCUUUUCCGGGAUUUGCUUGCAAGUGUGGUAGCCAAUGCCGUUGGAGAACACACUUUUGAGCUGGUUUCUGCCUUACUCUCCGAUGAAGCGGGCGUGAAUGCAGUCGAGCAAAUUAUCGAACUACAAGGAAACUUAGAGGUUGUGUAUUGGAUUUGCGCCUUUUCGGUGAACCAACAUGCCGGAAUUUGUGGAGCAAACCCUCGCGGAGAUGUGGACCCCGUCACCAUGCUGCCGCAUCCAGUGUGUUCAUGCAGGAGGCCCAAAUUCUUCAACGAGACGCCGCCUUUGAACGACAGUGGGGAGAGCAUUCUUUGUGAGAUGAACAAAUUUGAUGAUAUGAUGAGCUUUCUGGCAUCCACAGAUCCAUCAUUUUCCGAGGUGGUUGCUGUCGAUGCGUCCUUGGAUCUCUUCAGCCGUGCUUGGUGUAUGGCUGAGCUCGCCGAAGCUCAGCGCAUGGGUAUGGGGCAGUGUCUUCUGAUCCGGAACAAAGCCACGCUGCUGAGCAGACAACACAGUCUGGAGGGCCUCAGAGUGCAAGACAUGACAGCCACACGCAGGGAGGACGUCGAUGCGAUUCUAGCGAAGAUCCCUGACAAGGAGGCGUUCAACCGCAAACUGCAAGAGCUGAUUUUUGACCAGAAGGUGGGGCUUUUGACUGCUUGGAAGCAGGCAGAUGCCUUGCAACAAAUGGAAGAUCUAUCACACAUCUUGAAGUGGGCUCGCAUGUCAACGAUGGUGAAAGAUGGCCUGCAAGUCUGGCAAAAAUGGACUGUUUCAAACCUGCAGCGAUGCAAACAAGAGUAAUUCGAUGCAAUUUAGGUUUGAAACCAUGCCUCAUGAUGGUAGGCCGAAGGGUCAAUAUCAAGGGUGCCUAAAAUGGCUGCAGAGGACUCAGAGGACAAGUCAUCACUGCAUCCAACCAAAAUUGGAACUGGGGCAACAACAUCACCACAUCAGUGGGUGAAGCGUUGUGCUCAGUGAGGCUGUAAGCGGUGUGUGUUGUGCGCAAUGCCGAAAAAUCG